AUGGCCUCCCACCGAAUCGGCGCGCGCGUCGCGGGCCUCUCGCCAGCGCAGCUUUGCGCCAUCAUCGAGGCUCAGGCGCGCGCGAGCGACGCCGCGCUACGCGUGGCGGAGGAGCACGCCGCUCGGCUCGUGGAGCAGCCCGAGUGGAUGCUCUCCGAGGAGUUAAAACAGACCAAGUGCACCAAGCCAAAUACGAAAGACAGCAAACUGUAG